CACCGCGCGCGCUCCGCCCGCCCCGGAGCCUCGCCCUCCGCCACGAUGAGCAAAUGAGCGCAAGCGAGGGCAUGAAAUUUAAAUUCCACUCUGGGGAGAAAGUGCUGUGCUUCGAGCCUGACCCCACCAAGGCGCGAGUGCUGUACGAUGCCAAGAUUGUCGAUGUUAUUGUUGGGAAAGACGAAAAAGGCAGAAAGAUCCCAGAAUAUCUGAUUCAUUUUAAUGGUUGGAACAGAAGCUGGGAUAGAUGGGCAGCCGAAGAUCAUGUGCUUCGUGAUACAGAUGAAAAUCGUAGAUUACAGCGUAAAUUGGCAAGAAAAGCUGUAGCUCGCCUGAGAAGCACAGGAAGAAAGAAGAAGCGCUGUAGGUUGCCCGGUGUUGACUCUGUCUUAAAAAGUCUCCCUGUUGAAGAAAAAGAUGAAAAUGGUGAAAAUUCCAUAAGCAGUUCCUCUGAUGACAGUGGUGAAGAAAAGGAUGAAGAAAUAAGUGAAGGAAGUGAUAGUGAAGAAAAGACUGAAGUGAAAGAAGAACUAGAGCUGCAAACAAAAAAAGAAAUGGAAGAAAGGACAAUAACUAUAGACAUCCCCGAAGUUCUGAAGAAGCAGCUUGAAGAUGAUUGUUACUAUAUUAACAGGAGGAAACGGUUAGUGAAACUUCCAUGCCAGACCAACAUCAUAACUAUUUUGGAAUCCUAUGUGAAGCAUUUUGCUAUUAAUGCAGCCUUUUCUGCCAAUGAGAGGCCUCGUCACCAUCAUGCUAUGGUACACGCCAAUAUGAAUGUGCAUUAUGUCCCAGCAGAAAAAAAUGUGGACCUUUGUAAGGAGAUGGUGGAUGGAUUAAGAAUAACCUUUGAUUAUACUCUCCCACUGGUUUUGCUCUACCCAUAUGAACAAGCUCAGUAUAAAAAGGUGACUUCGUCUAAAUUUUUUCUUCCAAUUAAGGAAAGUGCCACAAACACUAAUAGGAGCCAGGAAGAGCUCUCUCCAAGCCCACCUUUGUUGAAUCCAUCUACACCACAGUCCACAGAGAGUCAGCCUACCACUGGUGAACCAGCCACCCCCAAGAGGCGCAAAGCUGAGCCAGAAGCACUGCAGUCUCUGAGGCGGUCCACACGCCAUAGCACCAACUGUGACAGGCUAUCUGAGAGUAGCGCUUCACCUCAGCCCAAGCGAAGGCAGCAGGACACAUCCUCCAGCAUGCCCAAAUUAUUCCUGCACCUGGAAAAGAAGACACCAGUUCAUAGCAGAUCAUCUUCCCCCAUUCCUCUAACUCCUAGUAAGGAAGGGAGUGCUGUGUUUGCUGGCUUUGAGGGGAGAAGAACUAAUGAGAUAAAUGAGGUCCUCUCCUGGAAGCUUGUGCCUGACAAUUACCCGCCAGGUGACCAGCCUCCACCACCCUCUUAUAUUUAUGGGGCACAACAUUUGUUGCGAUUAUUUGUAAAACUUCCAGAAAUCCUUGGAAAGAUGUCCUUUUCUGAGAAGAAUCUGAAGGCUUUACUGAAGCACUUUGAUCUCUUUCUGAGGUUUUUAGCAGAAUACCAUGAUGACUUCUUCCCAGAAUCUGCUUAUGUUGCUGCCUGUGAGGCACACUACAGCACCAAGAACCCCAGGGCAAUUUAUUAAAGUUUUAAUGGUUCUAUAAGAACAGUUGCUCUGUCUGGCUUUGUAUUCUGGGUUCCAGGUUAAGAACUGAUGAGGUACUCAGCUUUCUUUACAGAGAGCACAAACACUGGGCCUACCCUGGAGGGCUCUGUGAGAGGCAGGCUCUGUUAUUUGAGUUGCCCACAUACUGUAGUUCUUUGAGUUGUUGUUAUAAAUUACUUUCUAGGUGCCUGAACAUGCUGUGAUGUCACAUUUGCUGCUGCACAGGCCAUCUGUGAUGGCAGGAAAAGAACAGUUGUGUUCAUAAAGAAAUGUUCAUGAAAGCGUACAUAGACGAAGUUGUUUUGGUAGAUGUUGCAGUUUGUUGUUAGCAAGAACCACAUUGUUUAGUUAUUUGUUAGCAUUAAACAAAAUAUUUUUGCAAACUAUUUUCAUUCUUGAGAGGAGGCUAAGCAACUCUGUUCAACGAAUUGUAGUUUGUACUUAGAAAGUGCAAAAUAGUCUCAAAAGUACUUUAGAGGGAAUUGAUAUUGACGGCAAAAGAAAACUUGCAGCUAUACAUUUGCUUGUAACAGUUCCCUCUCUGUGAAACAUUAUUUUUGGUUAUCUAAAUAUAUCUAAUGUGAAAACAUUAUUUUUGGUUAUCUAAAUAAAGCAUUGCCUGUCUUGUUGGAGACUUUACAGCUAUACUUUGUUGUGUAAUGUUAUGGUUCCAUUUCUAUAAAGUGUUAUUUUUGGUGAUCUAAAUAAAGUGUCGCCUGUUUUGUUUGAAAGAA